AUGAAAAAGAAUAGAGUAAGAAUCCCCAAAUCUUGUUCAAUAUGUCGAAUUAAAAAGAUUAAAUGUGAUAGGAAAACUCCUUUCUGUGGAAGCUGUUCUGAGAAUAAUACAGAGCAUUUAUGUAAAUACGAUCAAACAGCCUGGUUAAUGGAAGGCCCCGCUGACAAUUCAUCUACAGCCAGCCUACAAAAAGAAAUAUUCAAAUUACGGUCAGUAAUAACAACGCUUGAAGCAAAGAUAGAGAAACAACUGAUUGGGGUGAGCUCGCAGCUGCUGACUCUUUCUACCAAUAGCUCGCCUCUAUUUCUGGAAAACCAAGAACAUUGGGGUGAAAAGCAAGAGAAAGAUGACUCGAUAUUAUGUGCAAAUGAAAAAGCGAUUAAUAUGAAUGUUAAGCACUCGAAAAUGUAUUAUUUUGGACCUACGGCGACUUCCUAUCUCAUGAUGAAUGAUAAAUACGCAACUCAAUUAUUUACAGAUUACAUGGCGGAUCAACUAAAGAAGUUCAGAUUAAAACAUACCUCUCUUGAAGUCCAAGAUGAUCGAAUUUUAAAUGAAGAAAGUAUAUAUUGUUCUAGCCAAGCAGAUCCUGUGGUUGGAGAUUUCCCAGAGCUCCCGCCACUAAGAAUUGUUCAUGCCUUAGUGCAAAGGUUUUUCAGAGUGUGUUACAAAUUUGCACCAUUUUUUGACGAGAAGAUAUUUAUGAAUGAGAUAUGCCUUAUUUUCAAGAACAAGGAACACAUCUCACAAGAAGACAUAACUCACAAGAGAAGCACAAUUUCCAUUCUUUUAACUAUGCUAAGGUUUGCUUAUCUCACCUUGCCAAUGAAGGGGUACCAUAGUAAUUCGUUACCUCUAGCCGAUCAUGAUGUGGUACAAGAUAUCCUAAAGUGUAACGUGGACAUUUCAUCUUCCUACAUUGAAUGCUCGAAACGACUCAUGAUUAAUCAUUCUAGUCUCGAUAAAAUUGAUUUUAGAAAAAUCCAAGCAAUUUUGCUCUUACGAGUUUACCAAAUGCAAAGUCCUGAGAAUGACAAUCUAGCAAUAAACCUGAAUAUUUUAAUUUCUAUUGCGGUGCAGAUGGCUAGGUUUCAUGGGCUUCAUAAAGAUCCAACUGACCUUAGCUUGGUUUCGUUAGAUAAUAAUGAUAUUCACUUGUGGAGGAAAGUUUGGGCCUUUAUUAUGUAUUUUGAUUCUUUACAAGCGUUUAACUUAGGUGUACCCAUGCUAAUACGCGAGGACGAGAUUGACACUCAUCCACCUUUCACUAAUUUAAAAACCGAGCAACUCUGGUUACCAAACGAAGAACUCAAAUUAGAGAGAUUUUUCAAACUUAAUUACGUAGCUUCAAGACUAAUUCGUCGUGCAGUGGUUUUGACGCAAGCUAAACUGGGGGCUAAGAUAUUUGAAGUUGAUAAAUUGAUCUCAGAAUUCGAGGACAUGCUCAAUAAUAAGAUGAAAACAUUCGAUCAAUUAUAUUCAUCUGACUCCUCGGAUAGUGUUCUCGAACUUAUGCUCCGUAUGAUGAUGAUGCGAAAGCUAUUUUCCUUAGCAUAUUACUGUUUUAUUAGUUUAAAUGAUAGCGGAAAAAAAUAUUUACAUGUUGCAAUUGAAACGGGGUUGAAUAUCAUCAGAGUAGGCUAUGAAUUUGCAAAAGACCCUACCGCUGUAACAUGUCUGGAGUUGGAAACAAUAGUUGCCCCUUCAAUAUGGAAUCCUGUCAAGGUAGUUUUGCUACUCAUGUGUGGAGUUAUAAUUAGAUGCUUAAAAGGAGACGCUUUGAUAACAGAAGCAGUUAAGAGCUUUCAGUUAAGCGAUUCUUCCAGCACCUUGACGUGGCUUCAAGUAUACCAAGGAAAUGAAAAAGAAACUUUGCGAGGUCUAAUUCUGAAGUUAGAGGAGUAUCAUUUAUUCAGUUAUAAGCUUUCUGUACGGUUUUUUGAUUGUUACCAUAUAUGUAUUACAUUAAAAUACUUCAUGAAUUAUUUGCAUAAUAACAACGCAGAAAUUUUGCAGCCUCAUUCUGAAGUGCUCAAAAACACCAUUUCAGGAAAUGAGCCAAACCCAACAGCAGAUUUAGACUCUGCGGCCCUCAAUGACUUUUGGAAUAAGGAGGAGGAGAUCCAUUAUGAGGCAACGUUUGAUGAGUUCUUGUCAUUUCUCAAUUAUAACACCGAUCCAUUUUUGAAUGACCUUUGA